GCGGCCGGCGCUGCACAGGGUAACUGAGAGAGGACACCUUCGCUUCCCACCAUGGCACAGAGGUUGGGACAGGAGGAUCCAGAGAGGUACCUCUUUGUGGACAGGGCUGUGAUCUACAACCCUGCCACCCAGGCCGACUGGACUGCCAAAAAGUUGGUGUGGAUCCCCUCGGAGCGCCAUGGCUUCGAGGCAGCCAGCAUCAAGGAGGAGAAGGGGGAUGAGGUGUUGGUGGAACUGGCAGAGAAUGGGAAGAAGGCACUAGUCAAUAAAGAUGACGUUCAGAAGAUGAAUCCUCCCAAGUUCUCCAAAGUGGAAGACAUGGCAGAAUUAACCUGUUUAAAUGAAGCCUCUGUAUUGCACAAUUUAAAGGAUCGCUAUUACUCUGGGCUCAUCUAUACCUAUUCAGGGCUGUUCUGUGUAGUUAUAAACCCUUACAAGAACCUCCCGAUUUAUUCGGAAAACAUUAUUGAGAUGUACAGAGGGAAGAAGCGCCACGAGAUGCCACCGCACAUCUACGCGAUCUCCGAGUCUGCCUACAGGUGCAUGCUGCAAGAUCGUGAGGACCAAUCAAUUCUCUGCACGGGUGAAUCUGGUGCCGGGAAGACUGAGAACACUAAGAAGGUCAUUCAGUACCUUGCUCAUGUUGCUUCCUCCCAUAAAGGAAGAAAGGACCAUAAUAUUCCUCCCGAAUCACCCAAACCCGUGAAACACCAGGGGGAGCUGGAGCGGCAGCUUCUGCAGGCCAAUCCCAUCCUGGAAUCCUUCGGGAACGCAAAGACAGUGAAAAAUGACAACUCCUCCCGCUUUGGCAAAUUCAUCAGGAUUAACUUUGAUGUUACUGGUUACAUUGUCGGGGCCAACAUCGAGACAUACUUGUUGGAAAAGUCUCGUGCUGUUCGUCAGGCCAAAGACGAGCGGACGUUUCACAUCUUCUACCAACUACUGGCUGGAGCAGGAGAGCACCUCAAGUCUGACUUGCUGCUCGAAGGAUUUAACAAUUACAGAUUUUUAUCUAAUGGCUACAUCCCCAUUCCUGGGCAACAAGACAAGGAUAACUUCCAGGAGACAAUGGAAGCCAUGCAUAUCAUGGGGUUUUCACACGAUGAGAUCUUGUCAAUGCUGAAAGUGGUGUCUUCAGUGCUGCAAUUUGGAAACAUUUCCUUUAAGAAGGAGAGAAACACCGAUCAAGCCUCUAUGCCAGAGAACACCGUUGCACAGAAACUGUGCCAUCUGCUGGGAAUGAACGUCAUGGAGUUCACCCGGGCCAUCCUGACUCCCCGCAUCAAAGUGGGCAGGGACUACGUGCAGAAAGCCCAGACCAAAGAACAAGCGGACUUUGCAGUGGAAGCUCUGGCAAAGGCCACCUACGAGCGCCUCUUCCGCUGGCUCGUCCACCGCAUCAACAAAGCUUUGGACAGGACCAAACGUCAGGGAGCAUCUUUUAUUGGCAUCCUGGAUAUUGCUGGAUUUGAGAUCUUUGAGUUGAACUCCUUUGAGCAGCUCUGCAUUAACUACACCAACGAGAAGCUUCAGCAGUUAUUUAACCACACCAUGUUUAUCCUGGAGCAAGAGGAAUACCAGCGAGAGGGGAUCGAGUGGAAUUUCAUUGAUUUUGGACUGGAUCUGCAGCCUUGCAUUGACUUAAUUGAAAGACCUGCAAAUCCUCCUGGUGUGUUGGCACUGCUGGAUGAGGAAUGCUGGUUCCCUAAAGCUACUGACAAGACAUUUGUGGAAAAGUUGGUCCAAGAGCAAGGAACUCAUUCCAAGUUCCAAAAACCAAGACAACUAAAGGACAAAGCAGACUUCUGCAUUAUUCACUAUGCAGGGAAGGUGGACUACAAGGCAGAUGAGUGGCUGAUGAAGAACAUGGACCCCCUGAACGACAACGUGGCCACGCUCCUGCACCAGUCGUCCGACAAGUUCGUUGCUGAGCUCUGGAAGGAUGAGAUUCAGAAUAUUCAGAGAGCCUGUUUCUAUGACAAUAUUACUGGUCUUCAUGAGCCACCAGUGGAUCGCAUCGUGGGGCUGGACCAGGUCACUGGGAUCACGGAGACGGCCUUCGGCUCGGCCUACAAGACCAAGAAGGGCAUGUUCCGCACCGUGGGGCAGCUCUACAAGGAGUCCCUCACCAAGCUCAUGGCCACGCUCCGCAACACCAACCCCAACUUCGUGCGCUGCAUCAUCCCCAACCACGAGAAGAGGGCUGGAAAACUGGAUCCACAUCUGGUUCUAGAUCAGCUCCGGUGCAACGGUGUUUUGGAAGGAAUAAGGAUCUGUCGACAAGGAUUUCCAAACAGGAUAGUGUUCCAGGAGUUCAGACAGAGGUACGAGAUCCUUACUCCCAAUGCAAUUCCAAAGGGUUUCAUGGAUGGCAAGCAAGCCUGUGAGCGUAUGAUCAGAGCCUUGGAGCUGGACCCCAACUUAUACAGAAUUGGCCAGAGCAAGAUCUUCUUCAGAGCUGGUGUCUUGGCACACUUGGAAGAAGAGAGGGAUCUGAAGAUCACAGACAUCAUCAUCUUCUUCCAGGCAGUGUGCAGAGGGUACCUGGCCAGGAAGGCCUUUGCAAAGAAACAGCAGCAGCUGAGUGCACUGAAAAUCCUGCAGAGGAAUUGUGCUGCAUAUUUAAAGCUCAGGCACUGGCAGUGGUGGAGAGUCUUCACAAAGGUGAAGCCUCUUCUUCAGGUCACUCGUCAGGAAGAAGAACUUCAAGCCAAGGAUGAGGAGCUCAUGAAGGUGAAAGAAAAACAGACAAAAGUGGAGGCAGAACUUGAAGAAAUGGAAAGGAAACAUCAACAGCUUCUAGAAGAGAAGAACAUCCUCGCAGAGCAGCUCCAGGCUGAGACAGAGCUCUUUGCAGAAGCUGAGGAGAUGAGGGCUCGCUUGGCUGCCAAAAAACAAGAGCUGGAAGAAAUUCUCCAUGAUUUGGAGUCCAGGGUUGAGGAAGAAGAGGAGAGAAACCAAAUAUUGCAGAAUGAGAAGAAGAAAAUGCAGGGCCAUAUUCAGGAUCUGGAGGAACAGCUUGAUGAGGAGGAGGGAGCUCGACAGAAGUUGCAGCUUGAAAAAGUGACAGCUGAGGCAAAGAUCAAGAAGAUGGAGGAGGAGAUCCUACUGCUGGAGGACCAAAAUUCCAAAUUUUUGAAGGAAAAGAAGCUGAUGGAGGAUCGAAUUGCUGAAUGUUCUUCUCAGCUGGCUGAAGAAGAAGAAAAGGCCAAAAACUUGGCCAAACUCAAGAACAAGCAGGAGAUGAUGAUCACUGAUUUGGAAGAGCGCUUAAAAAAGGAGGAGAAGACCCGCCAGGAGUUAGAAAAAGCUAAAAGAAAACUGGAUGGUGAAACAACAGACCUGCAGGACCAAAUAGCAGAGCUGCAAGCCCAGAUUGAGGAGCUGAAGAUCCAGCUGGCCAAGAAAGAGGAGGAGCUGCAGGCUGCUCUGGCCAGAGGUGAUGAAGAAGCAGUUCAGAAGAACAAUGCACUGAAAGUGAUAAGAGAGUUGCAGGCCCAAAUUGCAGAACUGCAGGAGGACCUGGAGUCUGAGAAGGCCUCACGUAACAAGGCAGAAAAGCAGAAAAGAGAUUUAAGUGAAGAGUUGGAGGCUUUAAAAACUGAACUGGAAGAUACUUUGGAUACCACUGCAGCACAGCAGGAGCUGAGGACAAAACGUGAGCAGGAGGUGGCUGAACUGAAGAAAGCAAUUGAAGAGGAAACCAAAAACCACGAAGCACAGAUCCAGGAGAUCAGGCAGAGGCAUGCCACUGCCCUGGAAGAGCUCUCUGAGCAACUGGAACAGGCCAAAAGGUUCAAAGCAAACCUCGAAAAAAACAAGCAAGGCCUCGAGUCCGACAACAAGGAGCUGGCCUGUGAAGUGAAGGUGCUGCAGCAGGUCAAGGCAGAGUCUGAACACAAGAGGAAGAAACUCGAUGCUCAGGUCCAGGAGCUGACUGCAAAGGUCACAGAAGGGGAGAGGCUCAGGGUGGAGCUGGCGGAGAAAGCCAACAAGCUGCAGAAUGAGCUGGAUAAUGUCUCCAGUCUCCUGGAGGAAGCAGAGAAGAAAGGCAUCAAGUUUGCCAAGGAUGCUGCCAGUUUGGAAUCUCAGCUUCAGGAUACGCAGGAGCUGCUUCAGGAGGAAACACGCCAGAAACUCAACCUCAGCAGCAGGAUAAGGCAGCUGGAAGAGGAGAAGAACAACCUGCAAGAGCAGCAGGAAGAGGAGGAAGAGGCCAGAAAGAACUUGGAGAAACAGAUGCUGGCCUUGCAGUCACAGUUGGCCGAUGCCAAGAAAAAGGUAGACGAUGACUUGGGAACCAUUGAAGGCUUGGAGGAAAUGAAGAAGAAGCUGCUGAAGGACAUGGAGUCCUUAAGCCAGCGCCUGGAGGAGAAGGCACUGGCUUAUGACAAACUGGAGAAGACAAAGAACCGCUUGCAGCAGGAGCUGGAUGACUUGAUGGUGGAUCUGGAUCAUCAGCGCCAGAUUGUCUCUAACCUGGAGAAAAAGCAGAAGAAGUUUGAUCAGAUGCUGGCAGAAGAAAAGAACAUUUCUGCCAGAUAUGCUGAGGAAAGGGAUCGUGCUGAGGCAGAAGCGAGGGAGAAGGAAACCAAGGCACUGUCUCUGGCUCGGGCCUUGGAGGAAGCCCUGGAAGCCAAGGAAGAGUUUGAAAGACAGAACAAGCAGCUGCGUGCAGAUAUGGAAGAUUUAAUGAGCUCUAAAGAUGAUGUGGGCAAAAAUGUCCAUGAGCUGGAGAAGUCAAAGAGAACCUUGGAGCAACAGGUGGAAGAGAUGAGGACUCAGCUUGAGGAACUGGAAGAUGAACUGCAGGCCACAGAAGAUGCCAAGCUGCGUUUGGAGGUGAACAUGCAAGCUAUGAAAGCCCAGUUUGACAGAGAUCUGCAAGCCAGAGAUGAGCAGAAUGAAGAGAAGAAGAGGAUGCUGGUGAAACAAGUGCGGGAGCUGGAGGCGGAGCUGGAGGAUGAGCGCAAGCAGCGGGCGCUGGCGGUGGCUGCCAAGAAGAAAAUGGAGAUGGAUCUGAAGGACCUGGAAGGGCAGAUUGAGGCUGCAAACAAGGCUCGGGAUGAAGCCAUCAAACAGCUGAGGAAGCUCCAGGCUCAGAUGAAGGACUACCAGCGGGAGCUAGAAGAGGCCCGUGCAUCCAGGGAUGAGAUCUUUGCCCAGUCCAAAGAGAGUGAAAAGAAGCUCAAAGGUCUUGAAGCAGAAAUACUCCAACUCCAAGAGGAGUUUGCUGCCUCCGAGCGAGCCCGUCGUCACGCGGAACAGGAGAGGGACGAGCUGGCGGAUGAGAUUGCGAACAGCGCUUCAGGAAAGUCGGCGCUGCUGGACGAGAAGCGCCGGCUGGAAGCUCGGAUUGCUCAGCUGGAGGAGGAGCUGGAGGAGGAGCAGAGCAACAUGGAGCUGCUCAACGAGCGCUUCCGAAAGACCACGCUGCAGGUGGACACGCUCAACUCGGAGCUGGCCGGGGAGCGCAGCGCGGCCCAGAAGAGCGAGAACGCCCGGCAGCAGCUGGAGAGGCAGAACAAGGAGCUGAAGGCCAAGCUGCAGGAACUGGAGGGCUCCGUGAAGUCCAAAUUCAAGGCAACGAUUUCCACCCUAGAAGCCAAGAUUGCACAGCUCGAAGAGCAGCUUGAGCAGGAAGCCAAGGAGAGAGCAGCUGCCAACAAACUGGUGCGGCGCACGGAGAAGAAGCUGAAGGAGGUGUUCAUGCAGGUGGAGGACGAGCGUCGCCACGCCGACCAGUACAAGGAGCAGAUGGAAAAGGCCAACGCCAGGAUGAAGCAGCUCAAGAGGCAGCUGGAGGAGGCGGAGGAGGAGGCCACUCGGGCCAACGCGUCCCGGCGCAAACUGCAGCGGGAGCUGGACGAUGCCACGGAGGCCAACGAGGGGCUGAGCAGGGAGGUCAGCACCCUCAAAAACAGGCUAAGGAGGGGGGGCCCCAUCACCUUCUCCUCGAGCCGCUCGGGGCGGCGGCAGCUGCACAUCGAAGGGGCCUCCCUGGAGCUGUCGGACGACGACGCCGAGAGCAAAGGCAGCGACGUGAACGAGGCGCCGCCCGCCCCCACCGAGUAGAGCCCCCCUUUGCAUGCAGAGACCUCUCCAGCCCCGCCGGCAGGAGCACAGGACUGUCCUGCCCACAGAACUGCCUUGUGGCCCCAAACCUGCCUUACGACCCGUCGGCAUGUGCUACAAGGCUCCUUAUCAUAGGUCAACCAUGUCUUAAGGCUCUCCAGCCUCACCACACUGUACCCUGCUUCAGAUAUAGGUACAACCGCUUUUUUUAUAUAUAGCGAACAACCGGGAUCGUCUCUGUUCAGUGCAUCUCUUUUUCCAGAUAACUCAUUGUAAAGCCAUUUUCUAAAAGCAUCAUGUGAAGGAUGAAACUUUUUUUUAUCAAUCCAGAAGCGUCAUUCCCAGCGGGGUGGGUGGCCGGGACAGACCCCUUUGCCGUGGCUAUGCAUGCCUUGUGUCCAGCAUCCUUCCAGGCUCCCGGGCUCGCCGGCCCCUGGCUGGGCUGAGUCUCUCGGAUCAGUGAAGACCAAACCGCACCCGUUAUCUUUUCUUUUCUCCUCCUCGUUGUGAUCCGCACACAAUCCGUGAGUGAACUGUGAAUCGGCCUUGGGAAGUGUUAGAGGGAAGUGUAGGGAUGAGUGAGUAGUGUCCAUUUUUUUUAACCUGCAAUACCAUUUGAAGUGUUCUCAGCACCUGCUCCAUCCGUUCGUGUUCAUGCAGUCCAGGCACACCCAGGUGGGUCCCCGUCCCCCUGUACAGACCCGUGAGCCCAGAGCCCUCCCUGUAGAUAUCCAGGCUCCUUUAAUGUGAACACCAGUGGGAAUUAAACACACAACACAGGCAAAGCUAAUUUAUUAACGUGAGGCCGAGCCAGGCCGUGGAGCCGAGUGGCUGCACGUGCAGGAGGCUCUGGGACCCCCUGGCAGCCCCCCGGGAGUCCUGCGGGCCCAGGGGGGCUUGUGGGGGCCGGGGCUCCCGUGGUGGAUGGAUGGAUGCUGCCUGCCUACGAGUUAACAUGCCAGUGGAUGUGAAUCCUUUUUUUUUUUUUCCGUUGUUGUUUUGUUGUUGUUUUUUUAUUUUGAGCAGUAUUACAGUGAGUAGUUAGCGUUCUUUUUGUUGAAAUAGCUGAAAACUGACAUUACAGAAAGUGCCUUAGACACUACAGUACUAAGACAACGUUACAUAUAUAAUUUGCCUAUAUAACAAUGAUUUAAUGUAUUAAUUUUGACUGUGCUUCAUAUCAUGUACCUCUCUAGUCCAAGUGGUAUUAUUGAUAUUAGUGACAAUGAAUCAGUGUUAACUAGGAAACUUCCUCUGCCACAUGCUCAAAACCCAUGGAUUUCCCUUUUUUUUUUGGUUCAAAGCUUUAACAUCUGUCGCGAAGGUUUUGUUGUGUGUGUUUGGAUAUUUUUAAUCAAACUGGCUGUUGACCACCAGGCGUCUGACUGCAAAUAUCUUGUUUUCUUGUAUACCCAUAUUUCUAGACAAUGAUUUUUGUAAGACAAUAAAUUUAUUCAUUCUAGAUGCGGCCGCCUGCUCUGUUUACUUACUGGAAGAGCUCUCCCGAGGCUGGCAUAGACCUUAAUAAACAAGAUAUGACUGGAA